AUGAAAGUUAUAUUAAAAAAGAGAAAUGGAAAAUAUAUAGACUGUUUUGAUUUGAGUCCUUCAACAACUGUUGAUCAAUUUAAAGAAAUUUAUUACAAAAAAUAUCAUUAUUAUCCAGAAAGGCAAAAAUGGAAUUUAGAUUCAGCCGCUGGAAAAACAUUAAUAAGUGGAACAUUAAAUGAAAAUGGAAUAAAAGACAGUGAUAUAUUAAUAUUUAAAGAUUUAGGGGUACAAAUAUCGUGGCGACUUGUUUAUGUUAUAGAAUAUUUGGGACCAAUUAUUAUUUUCCCCUUUUUUUAUUUUUGUGAUAAAUAUGUGUAUUCACAUACAAAUAAGAAUAAGCAUAUUAUACAAAUAUUUUCCCUGUGGUUUUUAUUAUUUCAUUUUAUAAAAAGAGAGUUUGAAUCUUUAUUUAUUCAUCGGUUUAGUAAUGCUACAAUGCCAAUAAUUAGGGUUCCCAUAAAUUGUGGUCAUUAUUGGAUAUUAUGUGGUGUUAGCAUUGGAUACUAUUUAUUUCAUCCAUUAUAUAAGCCGUAUGAUAUUGAAUCCAAACCAUAUUGUGUGUACGGCCUUUUUUUUGUGUUAUUAAUUUUAGAAUUCCUGAAUUUAAAAUGCCACUUGAUAUUAAGAAAUUUAAGACCAAGAGGUACGAAAAAUAGAGGGAUACCUCAUGGUUAUGGCUUUAAUCAUAUAUCAUGUGCCAAUUAUUUUUAUGAAUCAUUAAUAUGGAUUAUAUUUUCAUUGAUUACAAAUACAUUGACAGGUUAUGUUUUUAGCUUUGUUGCUACCACACAAAUGACCAUAUGGGCUCUUAAGAAACACAAAAAUUAUAAAAGAGAAUUUCCUAACUACCCAAGGAAUAGGAAGGCAAUAUUUCCAUAUAUCUUAUGA